UGCCCUAGAUAACAUAGUGAGAAUCUAAAGCCAGCGCUACACGAUGCUACGAACACCCUCGAAUGCUGGACGCUCGAUGAUUCGACGCAUCGUGUAGUCGACUGACGAGCUACGAACCUCCAAUGUCGAGUGUCGAAUAUUCGCGUUGGAAGGUAAUCCGUUCGUUGUGGAUUACCUUCCAACGCGAGUGGCACGAGUCAAAGGAUUUUUGUCAUUCGUUGAUUCGGCACACGGUGACAUUCGAUACACCGCUACACGAUUCGUCCGAAUUUAUCUUUGACAGAUUGGUUUGUUUACAAGUAUUAGAUGAAGGAACUAUGAAAUUGAUUCAUAAAAUUCAAAAUAUUCGGCAAAAUAUUGCAGUUUAAUAAUGUUGACUUCAAGCAUUUUUAAUUUACAGCCCGAUAUCAGUACAAUUGCUACGGCAGCAAUUUCAAUACUCGCAUCGUCAUCCAGUUUCCUAACGUUUUUGAUGGUAAAUAAAAACAAUAAACAUUCGAUCCACAUACUUGCCGAAUGUUUGGACUGAGUGCAUUGAAUCGAACAUUCACUUCACCGUGUAGCAGCACAUUGGUCACAACCAAGACGGGUCUAUGGUACUAGGUGAGGCCGUUUCGUCACUAAGUUGGUUAGGGGAGCGGUAUAUGAAAACAGUACGGAAGAAAGCAGAAGGGGAAUUACAUGCUUGAAGUGUGAAAGAGACAGACUGAUCACGAGCGAGCUUGGGCACAAGCGUAUUGUGUUUUGUUUACAAACAAAACACAGUAGACUUCCAAGAUGGCUGAAGAGUGGUUUUAGCAAGUUGGCCCACCUUAGGAUAUACUUCUACGCGCCUUGGUCACAACAUUUGUCGAUUCAUCGAGCCAAAGGUUUGAGUCCAACAUUCGAGUGAAAUGUUGGACGAAUCGUGUAGCGCCCGCAUAAUCUGAGUUUCGCUACGUAUAAACUCCGCAUUUUUAGCCUAAACUCAAACCUCGGACAUGAGUAGCGCUCAUUCACUUGAUACUGAGAACGCUGAGAACACGAAAGAAUGAAAAAAAGGAAAAAAGGAAAAAAAGUAAAGAAAAUCAAACGCCGGUUCUCUUCAUUCGUUUGUUGAUAAUUCAGAAGUGCAGUUGAUAGUUCUGAGUUCCGCCCUUGAAAAUGAUUCAGUUCCAGCUACAAUUGCUAGGGUCCCGCCUAGUUGCACAAGCGAAAAGCUAUGACCGUAGCAUUGACUGGAUCGACCAUCGGAUCAUGGAUCUCGGAGAAAACGUGCUCCGAUUGAUUGACGAUCUACUGCAGAAAGAUUGCUACAAAAGCAUUCGGACAAUGGUUUUCUAUGAUUUCGAAUUUAGCCGAGAGUGUGUCAUCUUCCAUAAACCUGUUCAUUGUUGUGGGAAAUUGUUGAAGAAUACAGAGACGCUGACGGUGCAUUUGCUGAAUAACAAAAAGCAUGAAGAUGUGGACGGCGAUAAAACGCGUUUGGCUAUGGAGUUCUUUAUACUUCUUCAAGCCGCUUCCAAUGCACUACAACGGUAUAAUGAAGAUUAUGAGCGUAUUGACAACACUACAGCUGAUUGUUUCCGCAAAGGACAUGUGCUCGUUGAACGCAUUCUUAAAAAAACUCGUAAGGAAACCACUUUCCUUAAUGUUUUGUUCGAUGUGGAUGUCUGGAAGUGGAAAGUUGUUUUCGAUUACACAUGUGGCCCGUGUGAAAAAAUGGGUGUUAAGUGUUGUCGGUUCGUCGACGCUAUCGCUUGGUUUAAGGUGUUUAAAGAUUCGAUCAGUGUCAACCCGAUUCUACACCUGGAGAGUAAACUGCACUUCGAAAGCAUUCAUUAUUUGCCCAAAGACAAACUGCUCAUUCGUGAGAUUAACAACAAUCGUCCAUUGACGCCUGCUGGAAUAUACUUGAUGAACGUUACUGAGUAUGAGUUGAACGAUAUGUGCAAAGUUGGUAAGCAGAUUGAACGGGAUUCUUCGUUUGAUAGAAUUACCAAAUACGUAAGAGAAAAAUUAUCGCACAAGUUGGGAGAGAUGAAUAUCAUCUACUUUGGUUCACGCAUUAUGGGAACUGCCAAUCGUGAUUCCGAUUAUGAUAUAUUCAUUGAAUCAUGUUCAAACAAGGAACCCACUGAAUGUUUCAACAUAUCUGUUAAAUGGGCUCUAACUCAUCCUGAAGAAGUUAUUAUCGUGCGAAUGAUUCCUGAAGGCCCACUACUUCUAAGUAUCUACGUUGAGGAUCUGGGAGCCGCACUGGAUCUCACCUUUAAAGACACGUAUGCAACCGCUAAUUGCCAACUGAAGAAGUAUUUCUUCGACCUGCAGCCGUUAGCCCGAAAAUUGUAUUUUCUUCUGAGAAUGUGGCAACGUGAAAUAGGAAUUACCCAAUUUUUCCAUGAUCACUUAAUGGCCAUGCUGGUUAUAUUUUUCAUGCAACGAAAGAAAUAUUUGCCGUCGGUCCGUUCCUUGCUUAUUGGACCUCCCAUGAGGGGCGAUGAAUAUAAUACGCGUUUCGAGAAAGAUAUACCGAAACCACCGCAACCUCGUGAUUUAUUCAGCCUGACUAAAGAUUUCUUCCGUUAUUGGGCGGAAUUCGAUUGGACGCGAAACGGAGUUUCUGUUUUUGAAGCCGCAGUCCUGCCAAGGGAAAAAUUUCGCUUUGAUCCACAACGCUCGAGCCCGAUGAUGUGCAGCGAUUUUUUCAACCAAAGGCGUAAUUGUGCAGCUAGACUAGCGACAUCUGGCUACCGUAUGUUUGUCGAGGCCUGCCAAGAAGCCAACGAAGUUCUCAAGCAGAAGAAAAAAAUGUAACCACCAGACAUCAUCUUUCAUUUGGUGUCGAAACUUGAAUUCCACAUUUGAAUUUUUCAAACAUAUCACUAUGUUACAAGCAGCAUCGAAUGAACUAGAGACACAGUGAGUUCUAAAUUUGGUAGCAGUUGUUCAUUAAUUUUAUGAACUUUCGUUUCUUUUUUUUUCAUUUUUCAAGCAGAAGAUUUAAUAACCAUUCAAACCCGAACCAAAUCACAUCAAAAAGUGUCUAUCGAGCUGAACCGAUCCUACGACUUCGCUUAUAGUUCCAAAAGAGCACAAGGAAAAGAAUUUUCAACCAUGUUUUGUUUCUAAAAAAAAUGUGGAAAGCUUUAAUGCCUAUAUCCAUCGCGACGGAAAAGUGCCAAACAUUUAUUUUAUUAUAUUUUUGUAAGAGUUUGUUUUCGAAAUUUUAUUUUUCUUGUGAUAAUUACAUAAAAACCGUUGAAUGGUUCAGUGAACCAGACGAUGCCAGAGAGAAUAUGUAUUUGAAUCGCGCUUGUGUUGGCGAACCCCUCAUCUGACAGUUUAAAUACCAUAAAGUGUAAACUUUCUAAAAAGGUGUAGAUUCACUGAAAUUAGAAUUACCAAGUGUAUUUUGUAGUUAGAGGAUAUUUGCAAUGACAAAAUUUGAUGUAGUAAUAUUAAGAAUAAAACAUCUUAUAAAAGA